AUGAGUAGGAUUUUUACGAAAUUUAACCGUCUUACGACAAGUGCUCGGAGAUAUUUUUCGGCACAACCUUCGCCGCUAGUUCUAGGAAUCGAGACAAGUUGUGAUGAUACCGGUGCCGCCCUGGUUACCGGAAACGGAAAAGUCCUGGGAGAAUACAUUCAUUCACAGCAAAGCAGUCACCUAAGGUUUGGCGGAAUUAUUCCACCUGUAGCGCAAGACAUCCAUCGUGCAAAUAUUGAAAACGUGGUUAACAAAACGUUUCAACUAGCCAACAUAUCGCCAAAGGAUAUUGAUGCAGUCGCAGUCACGAAUCGGCCAGGAUUACCGCUAAGCUUGAUAGUUGGUACGAGGUAUGCGAAACAUAUUGCCCGUACAUACGACAAACCUUUAAUUCCUAUACACCACAUGCAAGCCCACGCUCUGAUGGCACGCAUGACCUCCUCCAUACCGUACCCAUUUCUUUGCCUUCUUGUAAGCGGUGGACAUUCGCUGUUAGUACUUGUCGAGAGCACCACCACAUUUCGAUUGCUAGGAGAAACAUUAGAUGAUGCACCCGGGGAAGCCCUCGACAAAAUUGCUCGCCGUUUGAAGCUACGCAACAUAUCCAAAUAUGCGCAAAUGUCCGGUGGACAAGCUAUUGAAGUAGCGGCACAGACAGCAUCCAACACAUCAGCGUACGAGUUUCCCUUACCACUCUCAAAGUACCGCGAUUGCCAAUUUAGCUUUGCUGGUCUGAAAAACACAGCUACGAGACAUAUUCUCGAACGGGAAUCAACGCUCAAUCUUGCGCCUGAUGCAUUGCUGCCCGACUAUGAAGCGUUUUGUGCCUGCUUCCUUAAAGGAGUCACACGACACAUGCUACACCGUACGCAGCGUGCCAUAGAAUACUGUGAACGGCGCAAUCUUUUUCCACCCGAUAGGAACCAACGAAGCUUAGUCAUCUCAGGUGGAGUUGCCUGCAAUGAUGUUAUAUUUAAUGCGCUGAGUUCGAUGGCAGCCCAGUUCGGAUUCAGUACCUAUAGACCACCAAAGAAACUCUGCACCGACAAUGGUACGAUGAUAGCGUGGAAUGGUGUGGAAAAACUGCUCGCGAAGGACACUUCUGAAAUGACGAAAAAUUACGAGACGGUCGAUAUAAGUGGAAAAUGUCCUAUAGGUGAAAGUUUGAUAUACGAUGUGAAGGAAGCGAAUAUAGCAUGUAAGUGGGCCAAAGUUAACGUAUUCCCCAGAAAGGAAGAGCUAGUAUAA